AUGCAGCAGCGCCACCUGCUGUCUAAUCACCUGCUGUCUCACCACCUGCUGUCUAAUCACUUGCUGUCUCACCACUUGCUGUCUAAUCACUUGCUGUCUCACCACCUGCUGUCUCAUCACCUGCUGUCUCACCACUUGCUGUCUAAUCACUUGCUGUCUCACCACUUGCUGUCUCACCACUUGCUGUCUAAUCACCUGCUGUCUCACCACUUGCUGUCUAAUCACCUGCUGUCUCACCACUUGCUGUCUCACCACUUGCUGUCUAAUCACUUGCUGUCUCACCACCUGCUGUCUAAUCACCUGCUGUCUCACCACUUGCUGUCUCACCACUUGCUGUCUAAUCACUUGCUGUCUCACCACUUGCUGUCUAAUCACCUGCUGUCUCACCACCUGCUGUCUAAUCACCUGCUGUCUCACCACCUGCUGUCUCACCACUUGCUGUCUCACCACCUGCUGUCUAAUCACCUGCUGUCUCACCACCUGCUGUCUCACCACUUGCUGUCUAAUCACUUGCUGUCUCACCACCUGCUGUCUAAUCACCUGCUGUCUCACCACCUGCUGUCUCACCACUUGCUGUCUAAUCACUUGCUGUCUCACCACCUGCUGUCUAAUCAUCUGCUGUCUCACCACUUGCUGUCUAAUCACUUGCUGUCUCACCACCUGCUGUCUAAUCAUCUGCUGUCUCACCACUUGCUGUCUAAUCACUUGCUGUCUCACCACCUGCUGUCUAAUCAUCUGCUGUCUCACCACUUGCUGUCUAAUCACUUGCUGUCUCACCACCUGCUGUCUAAUCACCUGCUGUCUCACCACCUGCUGUCUAAUCACUUGCUGUCUCACCACCUGCUGUCUAAUCACCUGCUGUCUAAUCAUCUGCUGUCUCACCACUUGCUGUCUAAUCACCUGCUGUCUCACCACCUGCUGUCUCACCACUUGCUGUCUAAUCACUUGCUGUCUCACCACCUGCUGUCUAAUCACCUGCUGUCUAAUCAUCUGCUGUCUCACCACUUGCUGUCUAAUCACUUGCUGUCUCACCACCUGCUGUCUAAUCACCUGCUGUCUCACCACCUGCUGUCUAAUCACUUGCUGUCUCACCACCUGCUGUCUAAUCACCUGCUGUCUAAUCAUCUGCUGUCUCACCACCUGCUGUCUAAUCAUCUGCUGUCUAAUCAUCUGCUGUCUAAUCAUCUGCUGUCUAAUCAUCUGCUGUCUCACCAAGAUGGCGGCGCAUGCACAACGCGAGGCUCUGCGUCUCUCCAGACUUUGUAA